AUGCUGCGAUCAGUGCCUCGUCGACUUCCACGUCGGAUUCCUCCCGUCUCAGCGACCGCAGGCGGUCCCUCUCGUCUCGCUCUGCGUCCUUUCACAUGCGGUUACCUUCGGAUGUCGCCGUCAUCGCUGCCGCCCGUCCAGCCUGCGGUCUCCUCAACGCUGCCCGGCGAUUCCUACCAACUGUUGUCGACCGCCGAUAAAGCUGGAGCUGCGGAGGAUGCGCUCUACGAACAGCAGAUCAAAGAUGUCGAGGCAUGGUGGAAUUCUCCCCGCUACGAGGGCAUCAAGCGGCCUUACUCGGCCGCCGAUGUGGUCAGCAAACGGGGAUCUUUGCAACAAUCGUAUCCCAGCUCGUUGAUGGCUCGGAAGCUUUUCAAUUUGUUGAACGAGAGAGCUGCGGAAAAUAAGCCUGUUCACACGAUGGGUGCAAUUGACCCGAUUCAGAUGACACAGCAAGCUCCUAACCAGGAGGUUCUGUAUAUUUCUGGAUGGGCGUGCUCCUCCACCUUGACCACCACCAACGAGGUUUCUCCGGACUUUGGAGACUACCCAUACAACACCGUACCAAACCAGGUUGAGAGACUGUUCAAAGCUCAGCAAUUGCACGAUCGGAAGAAUUGGGAUGCGCGACGCAAGCUCACACCGGAACAGCGAAAGUCUACUCCUUAUGUCGACUACAUGCGGCCGAUUAUUGCAGAUGGCGACACAGGACACGGUGGUCUGACUGCGGUGCUGAAACUGGCGAAGCUCUUUGCCGAAAAUGGUGCUGCCGCCGUUCACUUCGAGGAUCAGCUUCACGGCGGAAAGAAGUGCGGCCAUCUGGCGGGUAAAGUUCUAGUUCCGAUGGGAGAGCACAUCAAUCGACUCGUUGCGGCACGCUUCCAGUGGGAUAUGAUGGGUGUUGAGAACCUCGUUAUCGCUCGGACCGACUCUGAGAGUGGUAAACUUCUCAGCAGCGCUAUCGAUGUCAGAGAUCACGAAUUCAUCCUCGGAGUCACGGAGCAGUCGGAGCCUCUUGCAGAGACUCUGCAGGCUAUGGAGAGGGAAGGCGCCGCUCCAUCGGAGAUUGACGCCUAUGAAUUGGACUGGGUCAAGAAGCAUAAGCUUGUGACCUUUGAUGAAGCUGUCGAUGCUCAUCUCGAAGCCGAGGGCGCCCCUCAAACCGCACGCGAUACAUACAAGAAACACGUUAAAGAAAACCCAGACCUAUCCAUUUCUCGCCGUCGGGUCCUGUCCAAUGACUACACUAAGACUCCUGUCGUCUGGUCAUGCGACAUUCCCCGCACCAGAGAGGGCUUCUACCACUACCGCGCAGGUUUCCCAGCUGCGACCAAGCGCGCGAAGGAAUUCGGUCCUUAUGCUGAUCUUCUCUGGGUUGAGACUGGCGAUCCAAAUGUCGCCAAAGCCGCUACACUCGCAGGAGAAGUACGAGCCGCGCACCCCGGCAAGAAACUCGUGUACAACCUGAGCCCGUCAUUUAACUGGAUGGGACAAGGCUUCGACGAGGCAUCACUCAAGUCAUUCAUUUGGGAUCUCGCACAGCAUGGUUUCGUCCUUCAAUUGAUUUCCCUCGCCGGUAUCCACAGCGGCGCCACUAUCACGGCUGAGCUCUCCAGCGCCUUCAAGGACGACGGAAUGCUCGCCUACGUCCGUCUUAUCCAGUCCCGCGAGAAGGAACUCGGCGUUGAUGUCCUCACACACCAGAAAUGGAGCGGUGCGCCGUACAUGGAUGGUAUUGUAGGCGCCAUCCAGAGUGGAAGCAGCACCGGAAAGAGUAUGGGUGAUGGAAACACGGAGAAAGGCUUUUAA